UCAGAGCGUCAGAUUAUGGUGGGGAUCUGCUCCAUGAUGAAGAAAUCGAAAUCCAAACCAAUGACUGAGAUUCUGGAGAGGCUCUGUAAGUUUGAGUACAUCACUGUGGUCAUUUUUCCAGAGGAGGUUAUACUCGGUGAACCGGUGGAGAAGUGGCCGUUGUGUGACUGCCUCAUUUCCUUCCAUUCCAAAGAAUGUAACCUGGUGGAGAGCGAGGACCAUGUGGAAGUGAAUGGGGAAGUGUUUCACACACCCUUUGUGGAGAAGCCCGUCUCUGCCGAGGACCACAAUGUCUACAUCUAUUACCCAACCUCAGCCGGCGGUGGCAGCCAGCGUCUCUUCAGAAAGAUCGGCAGUCGGAGCAGUGUGUAUUCUCCUGAAAGUACCGUUCGUAAGACUGGAUCUUAUAUCUAUGAGGAGUUCAUGCCCACAGAUGGCACUGAUGUUAAGGUUUACACAGUCGGACCUGAUUACGCUCAUGCCGAAGCCCGUAAGUCUCCUGCUCUGGAUGGGAAAGUGGAGAGAGACAGUGAGGGGAAGGAGAUCCGCUAUCCUGUGAUGCUCACCGCGAUGGAGAAGCUUGUGGCCAGAAAAGUGUGUCUUGCAUUUAAGCAAACAGUUUGUGGUUUUGACCUCCUCCGAGCAAAUGGCCACUCUUUCGUUUGUGACGUUAAUGGCUUCAGCUUUGUAAAGAACUCCAUGAAGUAUUAUGAUGAUUGUGCCAAAGUUCUGGGGUAGG